AUGGAUUUCUUGAGCCGCGACCCGAUGCCAGUGGCGGACCACUUCAUGGCUCACCGGUUUCGCGCCCGUCCUACGGUUCCCUCCGAAGGAGUGUUCGCAGAUGCGGUGGCCGUCGGUGCAGCGGUGCCGGUGACGCGGUCCAGUCACGGUCCGGUCGGUACGAAGACUGGAAUCGAGGUGUGCGAACAGUGUUUCGAGUGCAGCCCCGGUAGGGAGGAGCUUUGGAAGCACGUGCGUGACGCGCACGGUGACGACGCGAGGCUGCAGUGCGCCGCGGCCGGCUGCGGCAGGCGCUUCUCGUCGUUGGCCGCGAGCGCCGGUCACCGGUCGCACCACGCCGCGUGCGGUGACGGACAGGCACCGUACACAUGCGAACUUUGCGGCCGUCUGUCGGCCAACCACACGGCCUUCGACAAGCACGUGGCCAAAGAGCACCCAACCGCCAGGGCCGCGUUGUGCGGCGUGUGCGGCCGCUACGCGGGCGACGUCCAGUCGCUGAUGCGGCAUGUAGACGCCGCGCACGGCGCACACAUCUGGUCCGAGGUGGUCGCGUGCAAAACGCCAAGCGGUGACGGUGUCGGUCCGGUACGCACCAGGCGUACCAUUCGCUGCGACGUAUGCGGUAAGCGGUACGGCAACAACCACCUGAUGCGGUCGCACAGGCAAGUGCACGGCAGCAUAAAAAGCCCGCGUGGCGAUGUCGCCGAUCAGGAAUCGACGGCGCACUCCUGUGCCACGGCCACGCUUCAAUGA